AUGGGGAACUCUUAUGCGGGCCAGCUGCGGACCACGCGCUUCGAGGAGGUCCUCCAUAACUCCAUUGAGGCAUCGCUGAGGUCAAACACCGUCGUGCCUCGACCUGUUUUCUCACAGCUGUACCUCGAGACAGAGCAACCAUUGGCACACGAUGGCCGUACAGAAAAUGAUGAUGAAGACGAUGAGGAUGGCUCAGAGUCUAACAGCCCUCCAGUACCCUACCAGAUGAAGCCCCCACCUGAGGGAUGUUGCACCACAGAUGGCUUUUGUCAGGCGGGCAGGGACUUGCGUUUGUCCUCACUUGCCUCAGAUCCCUUGGACGUGCCCCCUGGGUUCAUGUUAGUUGGCGUAAAGUCUCCUGCCCUCCCUGAGAACCUGCUGGUGUGCGCUGUGGACCGCCGCUUUCUGCCAGACGAACGGGGACGCAAUGCUCUGCUGGGCUUCUCUGGAAACUGUAUGGGCUGUGGAGAGAAAGGCUUCCGCUAUUUCACAGAGUUCUCCAACCACAUUAACCUGAAGCUCAGCACCCAGCCCAAAAAACAGAAGCACUUGAAGUACCAUCUGUACCGAAACAACCAGGGCAUGCUGGUCAAAGGGGCUCCCAUCUGCUGGAGGGGAAACGAUGGCAGGAUGAGGCCGAUUGGUUCCAGUCUCUCUGAAGGCCACUUGACAUCAGAUGAUCACCCGCCAAACUUGGCAUCAACUCACCCAUCACAGACCUCUGGCAGCUACACAGGAUCACAUGUGGAGCCACAAAUAGCUGACAUCUCACACACGCUGGUCAAUGGCAACCAUGCUGUUCCCUCCAUUGUCCAGCCACCUUCAAGUCAGUCCGGGCCUGGGAAACCCUCAGCUACAGGGCCCCAUGCGAAUGCUGGUCCCCCUAAAAAGAGGCACAAGGGCUGGUCACCUGAAUCAUCCUCCAACAGUGUUCCAGAGAGCACUGUGAAGACUCCGCCAUCUUCAUCAGCUUUAACAACAUCAGUGUCCUCUGUCAUCACAAAUGGAGGCAGAUCAGAGACUGCCGUCCUGCAGACGUCAUCGCUGGCAUCCUCAACCCCACUUUCUCCCCCAGGGCUGCCUGUAACAGUGCCUGAUCAGCUGCUACACAUCUGCAGACUGCAACCUGUCAUAUUCAAAGGUCAUGGGCCUCUUCCUCAGCUGAUUGGCAAUGUGAAUGAAGUGCUCGUCAGUUCUCUGCUCCAGAGUUGUUACCUGAGCUCACAAACGCUGCCCAGAGUCUACCAGCACUACGGGCCGUCACCCAUUCAGCCGCUGUCCACUGAGAUGCAGAUUCUGCUGACCGUCUACUACCUGGUUCAGCUAGGCCCUGACCAAGUGCCCCUGAUUGAGGACUUAGAGCAGAUAUUCAUGAGGUCAUGGAGGGAGUCCCACCUCAGCGAGAUCAGACAGUACCAGCAGCCUCAAACACCAGGAACCCAAGGGAGGCACUUUGGCAUUGAGACCCCCUCUACCUUGCCUGGGCUCCCCCAGCAUCUCUCUUUACCUCCCCAGACCCAACAACCUCUGACCCCCAGUCAGCUUCCCUGGCUUGCCCAGCUGGCUGCGUCAUCCUGCGGAGAGGGUGUUGUGGUUUUAGGGGAAGAAGUCGGAUCUUUGGCUCAAGGCCUCCAGCAAACGUUCAGCAGGUUAAUUGAAGGACGUCUUGAAAACACCAACUAUGUGGUCGUCAUUGUCACGUCACAAGGACAGGAGACACAGUCCUGUGUGGUAGUUACAGGUAAACAUCAAUGUCGUGCCUUGGCAGAGUCUAUGUUUUCUCCCAGUGAGGGCCUAAAGGAAAUCAACCACCAGCUCUCCGCUGGCGUUGCCCAGGAACUCAUCCAUUACUGCAAUUCCCUCGGACAAGAUGGUGAUAUGGAUUCCCUUCUGGACAGCGCCACUGUGGACAGCAACGAGCCAUCUCCUUUAUCCAGCAGCCAGGAGUCCGCUGAAGAGAGAAGUCUUAAAAGCACGCAUAGCCCCAAAGACUCACACAGUCCGAAGGAUUCACAUGCACAGGGUUCAAAAGACUCACUCAGCCCUAAAGAACCAGCAUCAAGUCCAAAAGACGCCUGCUCAGAAUACUCUGUGGAAUGGCGUGAGGUUCGGCCCAUCCAGCUGGCCGUGGCGAGAAAGCUGCUGUCCCAUGUUUGUGCUAUAGCAGACUCCAGCACACAGAACCUGGACCUUGGCUCCUUUGACAGAGUCAGUUUCCUGAUUCUGGUCCCGCCCUCCGAGGUUACAUUUCAGCAGACUGUUCUCCAUCUCUGGAGCUCCGGUGUCCUUCAGGAGCUUGGGAGUUUAGACCAAGAGUGUGCAUCUCAACGCGAGGCAGAACGUUAUGUGGUCAAGAUGGACCAAAGUGCUCAGGCACGAAUUGACACCCUCAUCCAGGAAGCACACGGCAACUCGUACACACUCUACAUCCUGGUCCACGACCAUGCACACUGGGAUAUUAGCAGUGCAUCCUACAGCAGCUCAGACAGCGGUUUGGGUCUAGUGGACCAACUGUUAAACUCCCGACAGGUCAGAGAUUCCACAAACAUCCUGAUUCUCCACGUCACCUCGUUCCCCUUCGCUCUUCAGACACAGUGCACCCGCAUCAGCCCCUACAACGAGAUUCACUGGCCAUCUGCAUUCAGUAACGAUGUGGAUCUGUACCAUGAGAGGACUCGCUACUUUGGAGUGUCGGAGCUUUUAGAGUCAACCCGUUCAGGGAGCAGCCUCCCUCUGAUGCGUUACGAUUCCUCCUUUGAAAGCAUGGCAUCCACUCUGGAAGAGAGGUUUCCAAAACUGCACAGUGCUGUGAUCCGGACUACAGUUUUGAUCCAACACUACUGUGUAGCUCUGAUGGCUGUAUCUGGCAGAAUCAGUGGUUCCCACUAUCUCCACAAACACACCUCUGUAGAGACCAUGGAAAUCAUACAAUCUCUUCUUACUGCUGCCCAGCAGUGUCCCGCCCAUCACGGUCACAUGGUCCUGCUGCGGAUUCCCUCUUCAUCUCUGGCAGUUUGGGCCCACAGACGACUGUCAAGAGUCAGGAGGCAGCUGGGUCUGGAGGAGAGUUUUGAAAUCAUUCUGGGGAAUCCCAACCAAGCUCUGAAUAUUGGACAGACCUUCACUGAACAGAUCAAGAUGUGGUUGAAGAUCCAGGAUGCUGAGUGGAUUCCUCAAACCUACCUGGAGCUGGAGGCCCUUCCAUGCAUCCUGAUCCUGUCAGGGGCAGAGCCACUGGGAGAGUCUCUUCCCAGGUCACUCAAAUACUGUGAUCUUCGAGUGAUAAGCUGUUCCUACCUGCAGCGGACUACACUUGAACAGGAGCUGGGACUGGCUGCUUAUCUAGUGAAGGCUGAGUCACGACCCCCACACAACCCCGGACCAGGAAGUGACCUGCUCGAAAGUGAUGCAGAAAAACUCAGCAGCACUGACAACGAGGAGGAGGAAGGACAAGAAAACGGAGACUCUCCCUUGUCGUCCAGCCAGCCGCCCCAGUCGUGCCCAGACAGUGGAGCUCCAGAUCCCUUCCCUGCUCAAACUGCCACCUCACCAAAUGUCAAGAAAGUGACAAUCGACAGCAUGCAGUCUCCUUUACAAUCACAGACUCAACUUCAGCCCCAGCCAUCAUCUCAGUCUUUUCAUUAUCCUCAACCAGCAGGACACCACCAAACCCAACCUCAAGUUCAGAGUCAUUCCCAAGCCCAGCCGACCUCCCAGACGCAGACUCAGAUUCAGCCGUUAUCCCAAACACAUUCUCAACCUUACACACAAACGUCCCCCCAGCAGCAAAUAGUCCAAAGUCAACCUCAACCGCCGCCUCCUGCUCAGUCUCGUCGCCAACACUCCAAAUCCACAUCCUCUGGCUCUUUGUCCCCGCAAGCCUCCUCUCCUCAUCUGAGCUGUUCCUGGGCACGAGGAGUCAGUCGUCCUCCGUCGGUGCUUCUCCCUCGUGCCCUCCAUGAUAUUAUCACAGCAAGUGACGGCAGCGGGCUACCACGAUGUACUUCAUUCCUGCCGCACAUGUCUGUGGCGUGGGCUAGCAGCUUCAGGCCUCUGCUGAGUAAAAUGAUGACAUGUACAGAGCAGUCCCUCUAUUAUCGUCAGUGGACGGUCCCACGCUCCUACCACAUGGACACCAGUAAUCGCACUGAAGGACGAAAUGACAACUUUCAUCCUCGUAGGUUGCUGCUCAGUGGACCCCCGCAGGUGGGUAAAACGGGAGCGUAUCUACACUUCCUGGGUAUUCUGUCUCGGAUGCUGAUCAGGCUGAUGGAGGUGGAUAUCUACGAUGAAGAAGACAUCAACUUCAUUGCCCAGACAGAGGGGGUGCAGUACCACCCACCCAAUGCUCCCUGGCCCAGCCCAGACAUUGUGAAGACAAUUCCCUUUGACUACAACAUCCAUGACCCUAAAUAUGACGACAUCAGCAGUGUGUAUUGCCCCGGAUAUAAACCCAGUGCUGAGGGAAACCCUGUGCGCCAGGAGGACGUGUACCUCCGUAGACGGACAUCUAGGAUUAAGCUGUCUAAAUAUGCAGCCUACAACACCUAUCACCACUGUGAACAGUGUCAUCAGUACUUGGGUUUCAACCCCAGAUACCAGAUGUAUGAGUCAACGCUCCAUGCCUUCACAUUCACCCAUCUGCUGCUCGGGGAGGAGAUCCAGCUCUACUUCAUCAUUCCAAAGUCCAAAGAGCACUACUUCAGCUUCAGCCAACCAGGAGGCCAACUGGAGAGCAUGCGCCUGCCUCUCACGUCUGAUUGGAACCCAGACUGCAUCAAGAGUCCAAUCUUCACCCCAACCACAGGUCGCCACGAGCACGGCCUGUUUAACCUUUAUCAUGCUAUGGAUGGAGCCUCACAUCUCCACAUCCUGGUGGUCAAAGAGUAUGAGAUGGCCGUCUACAAAAAGUACUGGCCCAACCACAUCAUGCUGGUCCUGCCCACUGUCUUCAAUGGAGCUGGAAUAGGUGCUGCUCACUUCCUGAUUAAGGAGCUUUCGUAUCACAACUUGGAGCUGGAACGCAGUCGGCGUGUGGAGGGAGGAGGUCCAGCGGGCGACGUCUGGCCCUUCAUCAUCCUGGCUGAUGACUCGUGUGUUAUGUGGAACGCAGUGGACCUCGACUCGCGCAGUGGUCCAGUGGAGCACGCCGUGUCGCUGAAACAGGUCUUACAGCACAUGGAGGCCUGUCCAGACCUAGCUCACUAUGGCGUUUGUGGCAUCAGGAAGUGGAGCAGCCGUGGUCCUCCAGGUAAUAAACAGCGAGAGCCCUUCUCCAGAGGUCACCUUCAUGACUUCCUUCUCCUCAAUGUCGACCGGAGCCAGAACGUCCAGUACGACCAGAACCGCUUCACCUGCCACGACGUGGACUUCACCCUGAGGCUGCACAGUGCCGGGCUGCUCGUCUGCAGAUUCAACAGCUUCAGUGUCAUGAAGAAGCAGAUCGCCAUCGGAGGAUACAGAACAUUCAUUAUCAAGACCAAGAUGACAGAUGUUCCAACAUCAGUGGGGCCCUCACAAUACAUCUGUGCCCCAGACAGCAAGCACCUUUUCUUGGCUACACCGGCACAGCUCCUCCUGGAGAAAUACCUCCAGCACACCAGCCAGAAGCUGUUUCCACUCAGCACCAAGAACUACACACACCCUGUGCUGUCUGUGGACUGUUAUCUCAACCUGGGACCUGAGGUGACGGUGUGUUUUGUGAGUUCCAGACCUCACUCCAUCAACAUCAGCACCGCAGGGCUGCUGUUCAGUGGACUUCUCCUCUGUUUUGCCGAUGCCUUUGUGACUCCUGCGUUCCUGAAGAAGUUCAGCUUUCUUAAAGGAGCAACUCUGUGUGUUAUCAGUGCAGAUCGUAGCUCGCUGAGGCAGACGGUCGGCAGGCUGGAGCUGGAGGAGGAGUGGAGGUUCAGGCUCAGCGACGAAUUCCAGACCGCCAACGCCAAAGAGGACCGACCGCUCUUCUUCCUGACCGGAAAACAUAUUUGACUGAAACAGGAAUACGCUAUGGACUGCAAAGAGUCGCAGCCAGGACUGAAAUCACUUGCCAAAGAGAAGAAACGCACUACCGUGUGUGUUUUUGUUUUUGUUUUUGUUUUUGUAGCAUGACAGUUCGCACUAACACGUGCUGCGAACGGACAUUGCAGGCUAUAAAAGGACACACUAUCCAUGUUACCAAAACCUACGAGACCUUCUGGAAGAGUGGAAGGAAUAUGAAACACUGUUUAUUACCCAUCACUGCACACACAUGCUCGAAUAGGAUUUAGAGGUGAGAUCCAAUGAGAAAGUUUUUCAGCGAACAUGAAAUCCUGCUCCACAAAACCCCUGAAUGUUCAUGAAAGGCUAAUAACGAGAAAUUCCAGAUAAUAAAUAGCCAUCAUCUGAUUGUAUAGUUGUAUUUGAAUAAAAGCAGAUGUAAGCAAAAAAAAAAA